AUGGAUUCAAAGCAAAACUGUGCUUCGGAUACUACUUCAAAUGGUACAUCUGCAGAUGGUGCAACCGAUGGUGGUACAAAGGAUGACACACUUGGUGUAACAAAAGGCAGAAUUAACCGUGAUGGAAAACCAAAGAAACUUCCUCAGAUGUUUUUUGUACAGGGGACAUACUAUGAAUGUGGAUAUCAAAGAGGAGAGUUUUGUAAGGCUGUUAUUCAAGAGCAUUUUGAUGCAUCAGAAGAGUCAAUUCAGAGAUACCAGGCAUUUUAUGAAACACCAGACGGCAAAGAAUUUGUGGAUGGAUUUAUUUCCAAUUGUACAAAACGAUUCCCACAUUUGAUGGAUGAAUUCAAAGGGAUAUAUGAUGGGGCAAAAGUAGAUAUAAUGAAGGGAUAUUUCCUGUGCUUGAUAUCUUCGCAGUUAGAUGAUGCACUCGGGAAUUUGGAGAGUGCGGUUUUGGCAGAGUAUGGUUGUGUCACCAAGGGCUGCACGGAUAUCUAUGUAAACAAUGAUAAUGAUGUGAUAAUUGGCCACAAUGAAGAUUGGGCUUUGGAUGUCAAUAAUCCAAUUCUCCUACAUUCCAAAAUAGAGCCAUACACAAUGCCUGAUGGCCAAGUCAUUCCAGAACAAAGAAUUAUGGCAGUCUAUGGACAUCCAAUGAAUUUUGGUUCAUCUUGUUGGUUUAAUGGCCAUGGUCUUGGUGUGACUGAUGAUGUUCUUCUCUUCCCAAAGAACAAGCUCUACAAGGAGAGAAAGACACCAUGCGUUAUGAUUGGUCGUUUACUGCAACAAUCCCAAACUCCUGAAGAGCUGACACAGCUCUGUGUUGAUGAGGGGUCAGGUGUAGCCUGGUCAUGGUCUGUGACAUUGAAUUUUGGAGUAUUUGGGAGCUCAACUAUGUAUAAUCUAGAAAUGGGUCCAAGUGAUGGGCCAAGAUCGAAUAUAAGCCUCAAGAAGAUUGUACCUCAGGGCUCAGAGGGAAAUAUAACAGGAGCAUAUUCUCACUUUAACCACACAAAACAUCUCGCUGACACAAGUACUCAAGUCCAGCUUGUGCAUACUCGACAAGCAAUAUAUGAUUCAAAGCCUACUCCUGAAACGCUUAAAGAUGCUCUAGCCAUACUUGGAGACACAGAAGGGGACCAAUAUGCAAUAUAUAUGCCACCUGAAAAGAAAGGACAUUGGGCGACACAUUGGACAACUGUGUUGAACUUCAAACAGAAAUGCCUGUAUGUGUAUAUUGGAAACCCUAAAGACAAGGAGCCAGACAUAGUUCUCCCAUAUGCUAUGCUCCAAUCUACUAUGUGAAGAUCAAUGCCCUCCUGAGCUGAACAUACAUAGUCUCGCUUUAAGUCAACGUGUCCCUCUUAUUUAUACGUCA